AAAAACAGCAAACUAUUCGACGCUAACUCUAUUCUACACUCUUUAUGCUGACUGCUAGUGCUAUCAAGACUGCUGCCGAGACAGAUAAGCUAACCCAGGAAUAUGAGGUGAUUGUUAUUGGCGCUGGCAUUGCUGGAUCCGCUGCUGCUUAUGCUCUUGGAACCGACGGCCGCAAAGUACUUCUCAUAGAGCGUGACUGGAAAGAACCGGAUCGGAUUGUUGGUGAACUGUUGCAGCCAGGAGGUGUUGAUGCGCUGAAACAGCUGGGAUUGCAAGAAUGCAUUGAUGGUAUUGAUGGCAUUGAUUGCCAUGGGUAUGCUGUUAUAAAGCCUAAUGGAGAAAGUGUGCUUCUUCCAUACCCUAAAGGUUCGCCUCCUGCUAUUGGUCGCUCGCUUCAUCAUGGUAGACUCAUUAUGAAUUUACGCAAGGCUGCCAGAACUGCCCCAAAUGUGACGUGCAUUGAAGGAUCUGCUGUUGAUCUCAUCACAGAUUCAAAGUCUGGCGAUACUAUUGGCGUUGUGGUCAAUAGCAGAGCUAGUACAGAACCGUACAUGUUUAAAGCUCCUUUGACCGUGGUUGCCGAUGGGUGUUUUUCUAGGUUUCGAAAACAGUUUAUUUCAACAGAUGUAGUUACCAAAUCUCAUUUUGUUGGAUUUAUCAUCAAAGACUGUCCACUCCCGCACAUGUAUCACGGACAUGUGAUUCUUGCUAACCCAGCACCCAUACUGAUGUACCAAAUUGGUACGCACGAUACACGUAUUUUGAUAGAUAUUCCUGGCCAACUGCCGAGUAUUGGAAAUGGUGCAAUGAAAAAAUAUAUGUGUGAUGUUGUUGGUCCGCAACUUCCUGAUGUCAUUCAGCCAUCUUUUUAUGCUGCGCUCAAGACUGAAAGAAUUAGAUCUAUGCCUAAUGGAUGGCUUCCUCCAUCACGUAACAAAUCAAAAGGGGUAGUCCUUGUUGGUGACGCCAUCAACAUGCGUCAUCCUCUCACUGGAGGUGGCAUGACGGUCGCGUUUGCAGAUAUUAUACAUUUGAGAGAUGCACUCUGUCAAACAAACGAUUUGACUCGAGUUGAUACUGUAUUGAAGCAUAUUGGACGUAUACACUGGCAACGCAAGUAUAUGUCGUCUGUGGUCAAUAUUCUUGCCAAUGCAUUAUAUGAGCUAUUUUCAGCAGGCAAUGAUCCAAUAAUGAAGGAGCUUCAAGAUGCUUGUUUUGCUUAUUUCCAAAUGGGUGGUCGAUGCGCAUCUACUCCUGUAGGUCUUUUGGCAGGAUUGAUUCACGAGCCAUGGACAUUAAUUGGCCACUUUUUUGCUGUUGCGUUUUAUGGCAUGCUUAGAAUGUGGAUUCGUGGACCAAUCUAUAUGUUUCCAGUCCAUGUACUAUACAGUUUUUUGGUGGUCUACAAGGCCUGCAUUGUGAUUUUCCCUUUAAUCCUGGCAGAAAUGAAGCCUUGAUAUCUAUUUUCAC